AUGUGGGACCCGAUCCGCCGGCCCCAGGCGCUGGGCUCCAUCCCUCGGGAAGUCGCAGCCGACGUGGCGGCCCCGCCUGCGCGGGUGGCCCGGCAACCUCCCGUGGCAACAGCCCGACUGCAACGCCCGGGCACGGCGGCCAUGAGGGCGGCGGGCCGGCAGCUGCCGGAGGCGGAGGCCGAGGAGCCGGGCAGCGAUGCCCGCGGCGAGCAGCCCCGGAAGAAAUGUGUAUAUGUUGAGCCAUCUAGGAGAGUUAAAGAAAUACUUGAGGAGCACCUUCGUUUUCAGAAAGAAGAAUGCAAUGUUAAACAUCCAGCUGCAGUGGCUCUAGAAGGAGUUUGGGAUGUGAAGAACAAUUUCUCCAUUAGAAGCCUGAAAGCAGUGUCACAGAACAGAAGCAGUUUACUUUUACAGCCUCAAUUCUACUCAAGACACGCAAGAAUGAAAAAUUGCUGAACUUUAGUGCUAUGAAGACCUGAGUCUGCUUUGAUGUGUCAAAUCAAACAUC